AUGGCUUUCAAGUUCGUCGUGUUCCUCGCUUCAUUGGCCGUCGCCAGCGCUGGAUAUCUGCAAGCUCCAGUUGCUCACUACUCACCGGCGUCCGCUGUGAGCUACAGCAGCCUGUCGCAUGCAGCUCCCCUUGCCUAUGCUGCCCCACUUGCCAAGACCGUGGCCUAUGCUUCGCCCGCCAUCGGAGCUACCCACGAGAGCACAAUCCGCGGACAUGAUGCCACCAUCUCGCACCAGUCCAAGGCCAUCGACACUGCUUUCUCCAGUGUCCGCAAGUCCGACACUCGCAUCACCAACGAAGGACCUAAACUGGCCUACGCUGCUCCUGCCAUCGCCACCUACUCCCACGCUCCUGCUUUGACUCACUCUUACACCCAGGCCGCUCCUUUGACCAUUGCCAAGCAAGUUAGCUAUGCUGCUCCAGCCAUCCAUACCACAUACGCCCAGCACGCUCCUGCUUUGGCUACCUAUGCCCACGCUGCUCCAGUUGUUGCUGCUACCAAGACCUUGACCUACUCGCCAGCCGUUGAAGUCGCUCAUGUUUCGUUCGAAGGAACCAAUGCCCACUACGGCUGGUAA